CGGUGCCCUGAUGGUUGUAGAUGUGAGAAGGGCGCUGUCUUCUGCCAGGGAGCUGGUUACAGACAGGUUCCAAAUAUGGACCCACAGAUCAGAGCUCUCUUCCUGUCUGGAAACUUCAUUGAACUAAAAAGAUCAUCGUUCCAGGCGUUCACAAUGUUGGGCAAACUGGACCUGAGCAGUAACUCGAUAUCAAACUUGCCCAAGGGAUGCUUUGAGGGACUACAGAAUGUUUAUGAACUUGACUUGAGGAAAAAUCGACUGGAGAGGCUGGAAAAGAACGCGUUCGAUGGACUGACGACCCUGACCAAACUGUACCUUGAUGGAAACCCAUUAAAAGAGAUCAAAUCUGGGGCUUUUGCUGGAUUAAACAAGAUCAAAAGCCUUAACUUGAGUUCUAUGAACAUCCAAGUACUAGGAAAGUCGACAUUUAUUGGACUUAAGGGACUAAAAGAAUUGUAAGUCGUUUUUGCACAUCAUGCUAUCUCACGCGGCUAUCAUCCUGACUUGGCAAACCCACACAC